AUGAGAUUUGCAGAGGAAAUUAGAUCGCUUAUUGUUAGACUAUGGAAGGAGAGAAAAUCACAGCGAAAAAUAGGAGAAAUAGUAAAAAAAUCACGUCCAACUGUGCAGUCAAUUAUCAAGAAAUACCAAACCACCAAAAAAAUUGCUGAUAAGUCACGAACAGGACGUCCAAAUAAAAUUCAAGUAUUGGAUCGACGAGCUAUUUUAAGAACAGUCAUCCAAAAUCCUAAAAUAAGUGCUCCAAAACUUGCUGGAAUGCUGCAAAAUGAUGACGAUUUAAAAGUGGACCCUGAAACUGUUAGAAUAACCUUAAGAAGAGCUGGAUACAAUAGUAGGGUACCAUUGAAAAAGCCCUUCAUUAGCAAAGUCAACAAAGGCAAACGACUACACUUUACAAAACUUUAUAUUAAUGAACCACAGACAUUGGGAAAUGGUUCUUUUUAG